ACUCCAAUCAUCAAUUUGGGCGGCUAUAUUUUAACAAAUAUAAAAUUGAAAUGAAUAUAAUUAUAAUUCAUAAUCCAACCAAUAAACCCUUACUAGCCAACAAUAAAUAUCCCCAUCUCUCAGUGCCCCCACUCACUCCAUCUCUCUUUCUCCUCCCCACCACUAAAAUCGUCCCCAUUAAUUCUUGCUUAAUCUCCACGAUUUAUUAAAUGGUGAAGGACGUUGAGGGGACGGCGGAGUACUCGGCCAAGGACUAUCACGAUCCGCCGCCGGCGCCGCUGUUGGAUUUGGAUGAACUGAGUAAGUGGUCCUUUUACAGAGCGCUGAUUGCGGAGUUCAUCGCCACACUCCUCUUCCUCUACGUCACUGUCCUGACGGUCAUAGGGUACAAUCACCAGACGAACGCCGGCGACCUGUGUGGCGGCGUCGGAAUUCUCGGAAUCGCGUGGGCCUUCGGCGGCAUGAUUUUCAUCCUCGUUUACUGCACCGCCGGUAUUUCCGGUGGGCACAUAAACCCGGCGGUGACGUUUGGGAUCUUGUUGGGCCGAAAAGUGUCGUUGAUAAGGGCAGUGCUGUAUAUGGUGGCCCAGUGCUUGGGCGCAAUCUGUGGCGUGGGCUUUGUGAAGGCCUUCCAAAAGACGUAUUACAACACUUACGGUGGUGGGGCCAACGUUCUGGCCCACGGCUAUAACAAAGGCGUGGGCUUGGGCGCUGAGAUUAUCGGUACCUUUGUGUUGGUUUACACCGUUUUUUCCGCAACUGACCCAAAGAGGAGUGCAAGAGACUCCCAUGUCCCUGUGUUGGCCCCACUUCCGAUUGGGUUCGCGGUGUUCAUGGUCCACCUGGCGACAAUCCCAAUCACCGGCACCGGAAUAAACCCUGCCCGGAGUUUCGGGGCCGCCGUGAUAUACAACGAGGACAAGGCCUGGGACGACCACUGGAUUUUCUGGGUUGGUCCUUUCGUCGGAGCCGCCAUAGCCGCCUUCUACCACCAGUACAUCCUCAGGGCCGCCGCCAUUAAAGCCCUUGGCUCCUUCAGAAGCACUGCCUGAGAUAAAUUAGCAAUUUCAGAUAUUGAUUUCCACUGUUAUCUCUGUUUCCUCUUCUCUUGUUUGUAUUUCCAUCCAAUUUGUUGCUUUUGUCCUUCCUUUAUUUUUCGCUUUUUCCUUUUCUAAAUAAAUAUCACUGUAUCUUUUUUUUUUUCUUUUCUUUUUGUGAGUGUAUAUAUCUGUUAUUGUAAUGGAAAUGUUGUGUGUCAUCUGUUUUGUAUUCGUAAUAUGGUGAGGCUUGAUUUAUCAUAGCGGAGCGGCGUCAAUUUAAUCGUUUAAUACUAAACAACCAAAUAUUAAAUUAUAAAAU